UUGUUGUGUUUCGAAUUUUUAUUACCAGUCGAUGCUUCGCCGUCGAUGACGUCGGUUUGUUUUUCGAAAGGCUAUAUCGAGUUCUUCUUAUUGGAAUUAUUAUAAAAUAUUUAUUUAUUUAUAAGUAAAAUAAUAAAAAACACAUAUUUUCUUGUUUAUUGAAUGCGGAUCUUGUGGACUAAAAUUAAAAUACUACUAAAUAAUGCAUCCGAAAGCAAUAACAAACAAAAACAAAACUUCAUUAUAAUAAAAACAACAGUGUUUUAUUUUAACAUACAAAAAGUGAGAUAGAUUAAAAAAUAAUAAUAAUUUCAAAUAAAAUCACAUUUAAUUGUGUUAAGUGACAGAAAAAUAUAUAAUUUCCGAACCGAAAAAUAUAGAGCAACAUUCUGCUAGCUUAUAAGAUUUUGAUUAAAACCAAAAUAAUACAAAAGAAAGAAGAAACACAUUUGUGGUGAAUAUUUUAUGCCCUAGAAGUGAUUUACAGUUCGGCAACAUUGUUUACACACAAUCAAAAAAAAUAUAAAAAUAAUAGACUGUUUUGAAACAACACAAAAAAUCAAAAAAGGACUAAAAUCUGUGAAUAAUCAUUUUACAAAAAUAGAUAGAAACUUGUGGGCUUCAAAUUGGAUUUUAGUGAUAUAAUCAUACCUAACUAAUAAUUGCUUGGAUUACCAGUUGUUGUCGUUGAAUUUGAAUUUUGGAGUUGAAUCUUAUACAAGCCAUGGAGUACAACCGGAAAGCGUAUUAAAUUUGAAUCACACAACAGAACGCAGAAUACCUGCCUCUUUCAGUUUCAGCAUCUCAGCAUUAGAGCAUCAGUAGAUAUCAAGUUGGAGGAGAAACAAAAAUAAUAAAUAAAUAAAAUAAAAUAACAGGAAGAACAUUACUAUUUGUCAUAUCAAAAUAAUAAGCCCACAUGACUGGUCUAAGGAAGCUGUCCACGUGAGAUAUAUUUUCUUUGAUAUUAAUACAAAUCUGAGAAAAUAAAAGACUGGUUUCGAAACCAAAUUGAAAUCAUCUGUGAAUUCAGUGUCAAUCCAAAAUGAAAAUGUUACCAGUGCAACUAUCGUUGAAUCCACCGCUAGGACUUUGGAGUGAUGUAAUGUGGCGGUGUCCACCAGCACCUCCGAGUCAGUUAGCCGAAUUGAAAACCCAGUUGCCGGCAUCUCUGCCCUCAGAUCCACGACUCUGGGGUCGAGAGGAUGUUACAGUGUUUUUGAGAUUUUGUGAGCGUGAAUUCGAUCUACCAAAGGUCGAUCAUGAGGUAUUUAAAAUGAAUGGAAAAGCGCUUUGUUUAUUGACAAGAGCCGAUUUUGGCCAUCGUUGUCCUGGAGCUGGAGAUGUGCUGCAUAAUGUUCUGCAAAUGCUAAUAAUCGAAUCACACAUGAUGCACUGGCACCUGCCCAAUAGUCCAGUUACACCCACCAGCCGUUAUCCAUUGUCACCGCAUAGUCAUCCGCCAACGCCUACAUGGCCACCCAUUGUACCACCAGAGAGUCCCUUCCACAACGCACACAUGCAUCACUUUAUGCCUCCGAACUCGGUUACCCUGAGUCCACCGCCAUCUGUUGACUCGCAAGCUAGCAGUCCGCCACAAGGUCAAGAUCAAAAUGGAAGCAGUAAUGGCAGCUCCAGCAGUACCAGCAAUAUGAACAACGGCAGUGUAUUCAUUCAAAACAAUACAACCAGUUCGAGUAGCAAUCAAUCGGAUUCAGAUGAUGAGACUUUUUCAGAAUCCAAAGCAGCAUCGCGGGCAGCAGCAGCAGUUGCUGCAGCUGCAGCCGUUGCGCAAUAUAAUAACAACAGUCCACCACCAACACCCGUUCUCAAGGAUAUGUCGCCAAGUCUUACACAUCAGAUUACGAAUAGUUUUGUGAAUACUUGGUCCCAAAGCCAAGCCAACCAGAAAAUGCAUAGUGCCUCCGGCAGCACCAGUAGUGGUGGCUCAUCAUCGGCUCCAACUACUCCCAGUUAUAUGCCAGUGAAGAGAGAAUUUUUCCCUGAAAAUUCUGAACCAAAUACAAAUGGACGCCUUUUAUGGGAUUUCUUACAACAGCUUUUGAACGAUAGAAAUCAAAAAUACAGUGAUUUGAUCGCAUGGAAAUGCAGAGACACAGGAGUAUUCAAAAUCGUGGAUCCAGCUGGUCUAGCUAAGUUGUGGGGAAUUCAAAAGAACCACCUUUCAAUGAACUACGAUAAAAUGUCCAGAGCACUCCGAUACUAUUAUCGAGUGAAUAUUCUGCGAAAAGUUCAAGGAGAACGUCAUUGCUACCAAUUUCUUCGAAAUCCAACUGAGCUUAAGAAUAUCAAAAAUAUUUCACUUCUUCGGCAAUCAGUAGCGAAUUCGUCUGGAACAGGAAACAGUAGUACAGCAGGCAAUGUACAAACACCCGCAAACAAUGGCAGUUCAAAUAACUGGCCAAUGUCUUCCCAGAAUGGACAAGGUCAAUCGGGAGGACAGGUACAACAACACCAACAGCAACAACAACAGCAGCAGCAGUCAGUUUCACAACCCUCGCAAUCACCCCAGAGGCCGUCAUCAAGAAGCAACAACAAUCAACUAGGUAUACCUGGUAGUCUGCCUUCUGCUUCAGCGAUCUCAUCAUCAGCAGCGGCAGCUGUUGCAGCUGCAGCAGCAGCUUAUGGCCCACCGCCCACAUCUCCAUUAUUUAUGCACGCCAUCAAUGGUGCCUUUCAUUACCUCACUUCAAACACCCAACAACAACAACAACAGCAACAACACCAACAGCCGCCCAAUUCACCUGCACUGCCUACAACACCUAGCGAAAAGCUUCAAUUUAACUCGAUUAAAUUGGAGGGAAAUAGCCAAGAUGGCGAUGAAAUGAAGCCAACUGAUCUAAGUGUGUCAUCGGGUCAUUCGUCUUCAGAAAAGAGAAGCUAUUCACAGUCAUCUAGCUCCGAUUGUUAUCCAUUAAUUCGUAAUGCAGAUGGUCUUACUACAAUAAAACUCAUCCGGUACAACGAAAACAGUUCGCCAGAGUCUCCCAGUCAUAUGCAACAGUGUCACGACUCUUCCGAGGACAUGCAAACAUCAUCAAUGCAAACCGAAAGUGGCAACGACUCCAACAACUAUGACGGUAAUAUGCCAACAGAUCUGCGUAAAUAAAUAAUUGCUGGACAGUAUUUGAAAAUUUCAAUAUGAAAAUGAAAAUGAAAACAAAACAAAAAUUACAAACAGAAAAUAGACAAUCACAAAAUGUUGAAUUGUGCGUGAUGUUAAAUCAAACAAAACAUAAAAUGAUAUUUUUUUAUUAUCAAUAUUUGCAAUCCAGUUUUCUGGGCAAGAGGAGUCUGUAUAAAUUAUUCAUACAUACAAAUAAAUAAAUAUAUUUUAUACAAAACAAAACAAAAAAUAUAUAAAAUAAAUACACAGAAGAAAUUUAGAAAAAAAGGAAAGUUAUAAAUAAAAAACGAAAAAUUAUUUAAUUUUAUUAAACUUAGCAAGUAAAUUAUAUAAAUGAAAGAAAGAAAGAAAGAAAAAAAAAUAGUUUUAAGGUGAUUCUCAAAUCAAAAACAAUGUAAAAUGUGCCAAUUUAAAUGAUAAUUCAUAAAAUUUCUGUAAAAUUAUUUUUUAAAUAAGAGAUAUUAGUUCAUUAAAUAGGCAAUAUCGUUAUUAUAAAUAUUAAAAUAUUAUUAUUAUUAUAUAAUUGUCAACGAGACGAAGAGCAAUUGCGCUUCUGUUUUUUUUUUUUAAUUUUAUUUUAUUUGUUAGUUUCUAAGAAAAACAACAACAAAACAAAAUAAACAACCUCUCCAAGCUUUACUCUUAUAAAUAACACUUAGGAAAUGAAAUGAUUAAGUUUGAAGCACAUGAAUUGGUAAAAAAGCUUUUUUGAAUAAAAUAAUUAUGAAAAUGAAAAUGAAAACGAAUUAAAACAAAUUUUUGUCAAAGAUGUAAAUACUUUCUUAUUUCUUUCCCUUAUUAUUUCCAAAACGGAAUUAUUGUGCUUCCUUUUAUUUUAUACGUAUAUAAAAUAUAUAUAUAUAUUUUAUACAACCCCCUCCCCACAAAAUAUUUAGAAAUUUGUGAUUCGGUCGUCAGUAGAGUUGUAGAAUGAUUUUUAUUUUCGAUUAGAUCGUUUCAUUAAUUUUGUUUAUUGUUGAAUUUUGUUUUACGAUUUAUGUGAUAACAGUUUUAUUUUAUAUUUUUUUAUUUUUAUAAUUUUAUGUUUAAAUAUUUUUUUUCUUUUAUAUUUCAAUUUAAUUAAAAUAAAACAAAUCGAAAUGUGUAUAAUCAGUUUUUCAGCUAACACAGCUGUACGAGUAUAUGAAAAACAAAAAUUAUAACGACCUUGUGCAAAGCACGAAGUUUCAAGUUUCAGUGCAAACUAGGAUCUAAAAAAAAAAACAAGAACAAAAAUAAAAAUUCUUAUUUUCUUCCAAACACAACAAAAAUAUUUAAGAAACAAAAAACAUCAACAAAAAGUGUUUAAAAUUAAAUCGGCUUCCAUAUUUAGUACUCUUUUUUGUUUAACUAGAUAAUAGUUUUAGCUUGUACAAUAAUUUUAUCAUUUAAAUAUCUAAGAAAGAAAACAAAAAGAAAUGACUAUAACAAAAAAUAAAAUAAAAAAAUAUAAAUUAUAUCAUAGAUUAUGUUAACUUUAAAUGAAAAUAAAAGAAAAACAAUUAAUAUCAAUUAACUAUGUAUAAGUCGGCCAGAUGAUUUUUUGUGUAACAUUUUGGGUGAAUAACUUGCUAUGUUUGCUAUUUCUUUUUUUUAUUAUUUAAUUUAUAUAAAAUUAAUGCAUAUUAAAAAUCAAAACAAAAAGAAGUUAAAAAUGCAAAUAAAGCUUCCAUAUUUCUUUUAUUCAUUUAGAAUGAUGAAAUGGAAGUGCUCUUUAAUUUCAUUCUUUAUGAAGGGCUAUAAAAAGUGUUCAGCUGCACGCAGAAAGCAAACAAUAUAUAAUUUCUUUCUCUUGUACAUAUUAGGUAAUUAUUAUUAUUAUUAUGAAUAAAAGAAAUAAACAAGUAAUUAUACAUGCAUAUAAAUAUAUAUAUAUUUACAUUACAAUAAUUUUUCUAUUUUACAUUCUAUAAAUUUUUAUACAAAAUAAGAUUAUUUUGAAAAGAUAACAAAAAAAAACAAGAAAUAAAACAAAUAAUAAAAUUGAGAAAAAAUAAAUCAAUAAAAAUGUAUUUGUUAAUGGAA